AAAAAACGAAAAUAAACACGUCAGCUGUCAAAAUCUGAUGUGUCAUGUAGCCGAAAUAUUUUUAUUGGAAAGUAAAAUUGUGUUUUGUCCGUAAUAUAUUAAAAUAAACCUGGAUAGUUUGUAACUGAUUUAGAAAACUUCAUUUACAUCACUGUUACGAUGCAUUGGUACGGCGGGAGCAUUGCUGAAGCGGUUUCUUUAUCCAAGCAAAAAAAUGCAAUUUUCGUUGUAUUUGUUGAAGGGGACAAUGACUUGUCCCAGGAGAUGGCCCAAACCAUAGACAACUCCGCAGUGGUCUCUCGGCUGUCUGACCAAGCCAACUUCCUUGCAAUCAAGCUGAAGAGCGGAUCCACCAACUACACACACUUCGCUCAAAUAUAUCAAUUCGUUCCUGUCCCGUCACUGUUCUUCAUUGGUCGGAAUGGGACACCGCUGGAAGUAGUGUGCGCGGGAGUGGAGGCCAACAACUUGGCUACCAGGAUAGACCGGAUACUGGAGGAACAUCGCAAAGAAAAAUCACCAUUGGUCCAGCCGUCAACCUCAUCUCAGAAUGUGAAGGAACAGACAGUAAAUUUACUUCACUCGGAGGCGGCGUCCAGCGCUCCCGUCAAACCAGAGCCAGCCAAAGCGCCGGAGCCUCGAGCCAAGGAACCCGAAACAUCAGAACCAGCCGCGAAGAUCCCGAAGACCGACAACAACGAAGUGCAGAAGGCGGAAGAGUUCGAAGUGGUUUGCGACGGCGACGUGUGCGUUAGGCGGCCGAAGACUUCCGAUACGCCGGGCAGCAGCAAACGACCAGAACUUGAGCUGAUGGAUACUCAACCGUCACCUGCCACAGCACCAGUGCCCGACGUGUCCGCUCCAGUGGCAGUGGAACCCGAACCGGCAGCCGGCCCGAGCGACGCCCAAGUGUCACCCUCUGAUAGUGUACGUGAUAUUGAAGACAAGCUGGAACGCGCUAAAGAGUUGAUCGAGGCUCGACGCAGGGAGAAAGCUGAGAAAGAGAAAGAGCUUGAGAAAGAAAAAGAGAUAGAGAGACGAGCCACAGGCAAGGGGGUUGCGGAACUAAAGAAAUGGCAAGCUGAUCAGGAAUUGAAGCAAAUACAGGAGGAGCGCAAGCGCGAGAAGCUGGAGAACAACUUGGCGCGCCAGCGCAUCCUCGAGCAGAUCGCGCAGGACCGCGCCGAGCGCCGCGCGCGCGACGCGCCGCCGCCCGCGCCCGCGCCCGAGCACGCGCCCGCGCACGCGCCCGCGCACGCGCCCAGCGCCGCGCCCGCCACGUCCGGUGACGGUAGUCCCUACGCUCGCAUCCAGUUCAAGUUGAUGGACGGCUCCUCACACACGGCACAGUUCGACCCCAACGACACGCUCGGCGAUGUGCGCCGAUAUCUCGUCGAAACCCUACAGAUCCCGUCGGCAUCGUUCUCGCUGUGGACGGCGUUCCCGCGGCGCGAGCUGGACGAGACGGCGGCGAGCCUGCGCGCGCUGCAGCUGGCGCCGUCGGCCGCGCUGCUCGUGCUGCCGCGCCGCGCCGCCGCCGUCGUCGCCAGGCCCUCCACCUUCGCCAAUAUCAUCACCUUCUUCACACACCUGUUCACAUCGCUGAUCCUGGAGCCAUCUCAGUACGUGUACGAGUGGAUCAGACGGCGCCUGUUCCCGUCGCCGCCGCGGGCCCCCUCGCCGCCCGCCGCCCGCGCCUCGCCCCCGCCUCCGCCCGGCGUCCGGCGGAGGGGCAACAUCCACCGGCUGCCAGGAGACAGGGCCGGCGAUGACGACAACAACACCUGGAACGGAAACUCUACGCAGCAGAUGUAAGAUGGUAAUCAACCGUACAUAGUAUUGGAAAACCGUCACGUGGCUGCGGUUGGUUCGAAGUCGACCAUUAUAUCAUGGUCUUUUAGUCUCUGGUCACUGAUCCUUUCACGCAAGUGGGUAAUUUUUGACCCCCCUACUAUUUUGUGCUAUCUCGCAACUUUUACUAGACAUAUUUAUAUUUAGCUAAAGGACUUUUGUCAAAUUAGUCUCCGUGGCCCAUUCCAUAUAAUUUAGGGCGAAUUUAUAUUAAGGAUUUCUUGGCAACAGUGAGUGAUCGAGCUUAACUGACCAUCGGGUUAAUAAAUGUAUUUAUUAGAAUGCGUGGAAGGGUUAAGUAAGCAUAAUACCUAUUUAAUAUUACAUUUUUCUGGACUAGUUAUAAACUAUCUACAUUUGAUACACAUGUAAAUUAUUAGGGAUGUAUGAAAUAAAUAUUUGUUAAUACGGU